CCCGCCUGACUUUUCGCUUUUCGUAGCGAAUUUUGUGUGUUCUUUUUGUUGAUUUUUGUUAAUAGUUUGUUAGUAAUUUUUGUUAUUAAAACAUGGAAGUUGUAGAGGACAAACACGAAGACGAAAUGUUUCUAGUUUCAUCAGAUACAGAAUCAGAUUAUGGUGACGAAAACUAUCUCUUUUACGAUGAAAAUUCCGACACAAGAAAAGAAAUCAAAGAUCGGUUGAGUGCGUUUGACAGUGAUACUGGCGGUAUGUCGGAAGUAUACCAAGAACGGUUUUUACCAAAACUAAAAGAUAAAACCCCGAAUUUCCUGACGUGGCUCGUCGAUACUGACCUACUCUCUUCCACAGUGAGCUGUCCGAAUGCUGAAACCGAUCCAAACUGUUCACAAUACAUGGAGUUUGUAUUCGCCUUCGGAUUAUACGAUUCAUAUCAGUUAAGAUGCAGAAAUUGUUUGAGUAAAGAAUCUAUAAGAAAAAAAUCUAUUUUUUACGGUGUAAAAUGUAACCUGAGAAGUGCAAUAAGGAUAUUGUAUGGCUGGGUCAAAGGGGUAGAUCUCGAAGUCAUGUCCAGUAUGUUAGGUUUAGAUAGGAAUAUAAUCGGAACCAUAUAUAAUAGAGCUGCGAAAAUAGCUCUGAGUUGUCUGAGCGUGUCUCCAGAGUUUAUAGAGUUUGGUGGAGAGAACUCUGUGGUUUUGGUUGAUAUUUAUCCCAAUAUGUUACAGUGUCCAAAUAAACUAAAAACGUGUAGACCAAUAUUGUGUAUAGCAGAGGCCGAGAGUUUUCCCCAAAGGUUCUGGCUGCAAGAACUGGAUUUCUGGGACCCACAGGAUCCGGAACAAAUAAGUAAGGUUAGGAAGAAAAUAAUUUUUGCUAUUACGACCCUAGUUCGGCGUGGUUCAACCUUGAUCUUACCUAACUAUGAAUCUAUGCCACUGCCCGAGAAUAUUGAAGUACUUAAAAAGAAAUACACUACGAUAAGGUUUAUGGAUGAACUAAUGAAAUUUGCGUCAGAGCGGAGACCUGUGUAUCCGAUCUUGGAUACAAUCUGGAAAAAACCUGUUAGUUUGUGUGAAGAAGCUCAAUUUUAUAACCCAGGCUAUGUGAGUCAAUUCCUGAUUCGAAAUAUCUGGAACGAAGCUACUGGGAGAGACAGUUUUAUAAUGUUAAUAAUUUUUAUUGUGUAUGUUACUCGAAGAAAAAAUAUUGAAGAUUAUUUAUAGGUUAAAAACAUUAUUUUCCAAAGAUGUCUAACUGAAAAGGAGACAAAACUAUGUGUAUUUUGUCAAACAAAAAUCGGUGAUGCCAAAUUUCUGCGGUUUGCGUUAGAUCUACGGCUUGUGUUUGAAAACAACGAUGUUAUAAUUAUUGUUAUUAAUGUUUUUUUGGGUACCUAUAGAAACGGCGUACAGUACGUCUAUCUGUUCUGUAGCUACGGAGUAUCCGUGAGAGGGGAAACGAUAUUCUCGAUGUUUUUCGUAAAAAAUUAGACGACGCGUCCCAUCAAUAAAAAUUCGACAAAUUUGCAAGUAGCCAAUAAAAUGAGUGGGCGGAGCGAUUUGCGGUGACGUACUCGUCAAGUCGACGUAUAAAAUAAAAGUUUUUUGUCCGCAUUCCUUUCAUAGACACAGAUCCAGCAGACGUACUUUACUAAAUAUACAUGUAGGUAUAUCAUUUUAAUUAAAAUACAUAGAUUAAAGCUUUGAAAUUAUUUUUAGUUUUCUAAUUAAAUUAAAAUUUAUUAGGGAAGUAACUGUGGCAACGCUGCUUCGGGUAGACUGAUUUUUUCAACUUAUAUGUUUAACAGUGUUGCUGCGCGGUGUUUGUGAACUUUUGUGUUUUUCAAGUAAUUUUACUGAAAAGUAAUUUAUAGAAAACUAUUUAAAUCUUUAUAAAAGAGUAUACCAUUAAUUAAAUAUAACACCAUUAUUUCCGCCCAUAUACUAAUG